AUGGUUUCCAAGCGCCAUAGAAAGGGGGCGAAGUUAAGGAAACACAGAUCGACCCUGUCUGACAUUCUUUUCAACAAGAAAAAGCAGACACGAGCAGCAUCAAACGUAGGAAUUCACCGACGUUAUUUCUUAUCUGAAUCCUUGGCGAAAUUAAUCGGGUCUUCAGAGCCACAGACCCGGUACAACGUCAUUAAACUCGUUUGGGACCAGAUUAAAAAAAGACAGCUGCAGGAUCCUGAUGAUCCUGCAUAUAUACUUAGUGACGAUGAGUUCGAGGCCGUCACCGGUAUGGCAAGAUUUAAAGGGUUUACGGUGAUUAAGCACCUAGGGCCACACUUUCUAGGAUAAUUACUACUGCCAUAGCCGGAACUCGUCGAUAGCCUACAAAAAUUGUUUAAAUAUUAAUCAAGAAAUCAAUGUACCAAAUUAAGAGAAAAUGAACGAAAAUUAUCAGUUUUCACUCGGGACCAAAAACGCAAGAGAACAAGAAGGUUGAACUUGCUCUUAAGGCCAACCAAAAUUCGCCAACAAGUGAUUUUGCAUGUUUUCUGGAGUUUAAAUGAACCACUUAGUUAGCUUCAACGUUAUACAACGCCAAUUCGAAAUUUUAUCAUCAGUAGGAUAAACAAAAUGAUGCCUUUAACAGAGAGACCAGAAC